GCGGGCGCGGUGCAGGCCGGGAUAGAGGAGGAGCGGUCAGCUGGCGGACUGGUGACGUGUGCGGCAUUGACACCAUGGCUGACGGCAGCCGACAGGCCAAGCUGGCGGCCGCCAAGAAGAAGUUGAAGGAAUUCCAGCAGAAGAAAACGCCGCCGACUCCAGGUGCCAGAAAGAAGAGAAGAACAGACGAUGGAACAGAGGCAGCAAGAGCUCCUGCUGACAAUGACCAAGAAAAUUGUGAGAUGCCCCUGCAGAACAUUCUGAAGGUGCUGGUUGCAGACUGCAGUAAGUCCAAUGGGGUAUCUCUACCUUCAUUGGAAAGGCUAAAGGCCUGCUUGGAAAAUGACAUUGAUAAACUUGGCAGUGAACAGAAGGACAACGAAGCUACGAUUUCUCUUAUCAAUGCCUCCAAGAGUAGCUUGCCAAAUACAACAAUUGUAACACCGCAUGUGAGACAGAAUGAAACCCUCUCCCAGAUGUUGCAUUCAACUGGACAAGACCAAAGUGAAGAAGGCAGGGGUGUCUCCUCUACAGAAAGCCUUCGGCAACUGUCUGCUCAGUUAAAUGGCUUGGUGACUCAGACAACUUAUGUGAAUGGUGAAAGUGGAGUUUGUGCCGUCAGCCCUAAAGAACUGGAGACACGAAACCAAGAGCUGACUAUAGCUCUUGACUCCAGCAAUGUAUCAAAUAAAGAAUUAUGUGCAAAGAUAGAGGAAUUGAAAAAACACAACACAGAGCUGAGUGGUCAGCUGGAGAAGGAUAAGAAAGGUUCGGAACAGAAGUAUUUCAAAGAACAUGCAUCAAUGAGAGAACAGCUCCAAGUUCACAUUCAGACCAUUGGAAUUUUGGUUUCUGAGAAAUCGGAGCUCCAGACAGCUUUGGUCCACACACAGCAGGCAGCAAGGCUAAAAGCAGGUGAGGCGGAAGAUUUAAGUAACAAGUUACAGCAAUCGAGGCAAAGAGUGACAGAACUGGAACGCACACUGUCCUCCAUCUCAUCCCAACACAAACAGUCUGACAAAAUAAGCAAAGAGAUUGAAAAAGAGAGAGAGAACCUGCGACAAGAAGUAUACAAACUAAAUAAAAUGAGCGAGGAGAUAAAACAGCAAAAUUCUGAACUCUCAGAACAGUUGCGGUCCAGGGUAUCGGAAAAUGAAACUAUGAGAAACAACAUUGAAGAUUUGCACAAGAAACUGGAAAUGGCUGAGCUGAUGAUUCAACAGUUCUCAAAUCAGUCGGCGUUGCCAGAGGUUAAUCAGCAACUAUACGUGGUUCUUGAAGAAAAAACUCAGUUAGAGGCACAGUUGAUGCAGGUGUCAGAGUCACUGCGGUUACUUCUUGCCGAAAGAGAUCAGUACGCUCAGAAGCUGCAGGAGGAGGGCAGAAUCUGGCAGGAGAAAGUUCAACAGCUUACAGAACAAGUGAAUGCACUUUCAGAGGAGAAGAAACAAAGUCUUGUGUAUAUGCAGGACUUGGAAACUUCAUUGACUGACCUUAAGAAUAGAUCAGAAAUAUCCUGUGAGGUGAGUGAAAGUCAAACUACACCGCAACCCGAAGGGCCCACAGAGCAAGAGAGAAUGCUGGAGGGGAAUAUAAAGCAGCUGCAGGGGGAGAAGGAGCAAUUGUACACUCAGUACCAGGCACAGGUGUGUGACAAUGAGCAGCUGAGUCGUUUGAACCGGGAACAAGAAGAGAGGCUGCAGGAACUGGAACGGACGGUGGAACGCUACAAUGAUGAUUCUGUGGACCGGAAGCAACUGCUGGAAAAUAUGCAGAGUGACAAAUCUACGAUAAGCAGGGCGCUUACACAGAAUCGAGAGCUCAAGGAACAGCUGGCAGAACUUCAAAAUGGAUUUGUCAAACUUACUAAUGAGAAUAUGGAACUCACCAGCGCGUUGCAGUCAGAGCAGCAUGUGAAGAAGGAGGUAGCUCGGAAGAUUGGAGAGUUGCAAGAAGAUGUGGUGGAUAUGAAAGAAAAGCUUGAGCUGAAGUCACAGGAAGCUCGGGCCUUGCUGGGCCAGAGGGAUCAGUUCUACACUCAUCUUCAGCAGUACACCGCAGCCUAUCAGCAGCUGAUGGCCGAGCGAGAGGAGCUGCAGAAGCAGAACCUGCUGCAGACGCAUCUCAUGGACCGGCUGCAGCAUGAUGAAGUACAAGGGAAAGUCCACAUUGAAUUGCACCAGAAAGACCUUAUGGUAACAAAGGAGCAAUUGGAUCAAUUAAACAAGGAAAACAACGAACUGAAAGCACAGAUCAGCAUAUUGACAGCAGAGUUGAAUGAGAUCAGCCCACAGCUUCGAGUUGAAGGUGAUGGUGUGGAAAGUGAUGGUGUAUUGUCAGAUAGAAUUCAGAGACCCCAUAUUAUAAUACCCGAAGAACUGGAAAAUAAAGACGAAAUGGUUGAUUUCCUGAAGUCAGCACUCAGCCAAUUGCAGCAGGAAAGAGAUCACCUUACUCUACAGUUCUUGGAUCAGAAACAGCAGCACCAGAUCCUUCUGCAACAAAUGUCUGCCCUAACGCACAAGCACAAAGAGUCCAGAGGAUCUACGGAAGGAGUGAGUGACAUAGACACAGACACAGUGCCAACGGAGGUACAUGAGGCGUUGAAAACUGCUAUGGACCAGCUGCAGGUUCGAUUCACAUCCCUUAUGCAGGAGAAGGUGGAUCUGAAGGAGCGAGUGGAGGAGCUGGAACAUCGCUGUGUUCAGUUGUCUGGAGAAACCGAUACUAUAGGCGAGUAUAUUGCACUUUACCAGAGUCAGAGAGCCAUUCUUAAACAGAGGCACACGGAAAAAGAAGAGUACAUCAGCAGACUGGCCCAGGACAAGGAGGAAAUGAAGAUGAAGCUGGCAGAAUUGCAGCAACUGGUGCUGAGGUUGGUGGGAGAAAGGAACGAAUGGCACAGUAAAUACAUCAGCUCCACGAAACUGUCAACGUACCCACUGGCAGAUGAAUCGCUGCACCAGGAUUUACUGGAUGAAAACUUGGAGAAAACUUCCCCACGUACAGAAGAACUACAAGACGUCAGCUUGGCAGAUGAUGUCGAAUCUCGAGCAGUUUCACUGAGCGCUCAGUCCUCCAGCACAGUCCCUGUUCCAAAAGAAAACCUGCCCACCGAGGACUACACUACUAGACAGAUCAUGCAACUCCUUGAAGAGAUCCAAAACCCACAGGCCAGACAAAACGCAUCCCUGAACUAUUCCACCAGCAUACCAUUCUUUUACCGGCCUGAUGAACACGGGGAAGUGAAAAUCACAAUCAUCUAGAGAUGCAUUUGAGCAUACAAAAUGUGGGGUUUAUUUGCGUGGGAUAGAUUUGUAAAUUGGUGGAGAUUAAAACAAAUAAGAUAAGCAUGUCAAAAUCUGAUUUAUAAAGGUGGAAUGCAAGAAAUGAGACCAGAAUUCUCAAGAGCAACAGUGUUAAUCUCACUAUCUCUAAUGGCACAUCCAAACAUUGCUAUAAUUCUAUUCUGAGUUAAUACAUUUCAGUUAACAGUUGCAAUGAGACCCUAUGAACAUAAUCAUUUAAGUUACAAAAUUAAAAAUUCCCACUCCUAUAAUUCUCUUCUCCUUGCGCCUCUCCACCAUUUUCCAAAGAUACUUAUAAUAAUCAAAGAAGAGUUGUCCCAAGCAGCCAUUUGACUGUUUGCAGUUUUCCUUAAAACUCUUUGGAAAUUGGUACAUUUCUUGACAACGGGAAGGUGAUGGGGCUAUUGAAAAUGUAAUAACUCUGAAAUAGAUUUGUGUGGCCAUUUUAUAUGUUAAGAAUUUAGAAAAAAAAGUAUUUUUUUAAGCUGCCGAAAAGAAUAGUACUUUUUACUUUAGGAAUGCAUUUUGUAAAACUAUCCCUUUGGCUUGUAGCUAAAAGCAUUGUGAUAUAUGUGGAAUACAUCCCAUCCAAACCAAAGGCUGGCAGGUUUGAUUUUGCUAUUGGCCGUUAGUUUAUAUCAGCUGGAGAAGCCACCACAGUAGCUGCACGGACCUCCUUGUACCUCAUGAGGGAGGGGAGGGAAAUAUAAUCAGCCAGGAUUGGUUCUUUGAUACCUACCCGCGGCUGUGGCUACCAGUGGUCGAGCAACCGGCUUGUCCCCCAGAUCAUAUUGUCCCUUGACCCUCAUCGCCCAGUCUUGUAUAUGAAGAAUGUAGCAUCUGAUGAGGUUUUAGAGACUUGUAUCACCAUUGAACAGCCGGAUGGGGAGGAGAUGGAUGAUAUUGUUGGGGUAAAAUAAAUGCAUUUCUAAAGAAGGCAUUGAGUUGAAGGAGAGAGAAAUAACACAAACUUUAUUGGGCAGAGCUUAAAGCUCUGUUUUCCUUUUGACUGUACAUCUGCUGUCUAUAACGAUGAAUGCACCACAAAAACAGUUUCUAUUCUUUGGCCUGCAGUUUUCAUUGAUGCUGCAGGUUUUUGGGGAAAGAGCAUCCAAGAUCAGUAAGGUAGCACGGGUGUUACUGAUGUGCCUGAACAAGCAGUGCGAGUUGCGGAAGAACGUACAACAAUUAGUGUGUACUGACAAUGUACGGGACAGAACACUACAUAAUUCUCUGCAUCGUGUGAAACAUUCACACAAAAACACCUUUCCCUCCAGGAUGACGAAUGUGUUCACUUCAACCAUGCAGUUGGCACCAUUGCCAAAUACCUCAACAGCAACUGCUGCUUGCUAACCGGAGCUUCUGUUUGAGCAGGUGAAAUCUUUGCUGCUAUCCCUUUUUUUACUGCACUUCUUAACUUGCCAAUGUUUAGUUUUCUUCAUGCUUGACUGAAUCAUCUGUGAGGAAAAUGUUAUCCUGCAGUUUUUCUCUAGCUCUGGUUUUAAUGAGGUGUAGACUAGUGAAUGUAAUACAAAUGAGGAGAAUCUACAGGGCACACACUAAGCCUCGGUGACAGUAGGUGACGCCUUUUAAUGGAAUGUGCCCACCAGCAAAUACCGAAAACAAAAAAUUCUGCAUACUCUGGAGCAGCUGGGAGUUCUAAUUUUAAUGCAGGAUAUACUUUUAUUCCCUGAAUGUUAGAUUCCCUACUGUCCCAUAGUGGUUUAUAUUCAAUGAUUCACUGUCUGGUCCCAUUUCACCCUAUCAGCUGAUAAAGUAUUUGGAGAAUGGAUGCACUUGGACUGUGGUGAUACAACUGGUUACCCGUAUGUGAGCAGAGUGUGGUGAUGUGAUUAGUGCUCUAUGCAUGGACAGAUUGUGAAGUGUGGCUGUGAAUGAGUGGAGUGUAAUGUACCAUGGUUACUUGCCCCAUACAUGGGCACAUGGUGAAGAUGGAUGCAUCUGGUGGUAUCGUUUCAGGAGGUUUAAAUAUUACUGAAGGAGGUAAAAUAUAUGGAUUUUCUUCUCUUUAAUGUUUGUUCAUGUUUUGGGAGGUGGGAAAUGUGGCUGAAAGAAGGUGACUUGAUGUUGAUGGGCAGGGGAGAGAGAUUGUGUGCCAAUUUAAAUCCAUGGUUUGGUGAAAAUAUUGUCUAUCCAAAGUAUCCCAACAGUCUGAGGCAGUGGUGGGCUUGUGGGCGUGCCACUCCAGAGGUUGACCCUACUCCUUUUGUUUAAAACUGCAUGAACAAUUCUGGAGACACAAGGAACUGCAGAUGCUGGAAUCUUGCAAAGUGCUGGAGUAACUCGGUGUGACCCCCUGAAUCACUCCGGCACUUUGUGAUCUACCCCGAAAUAAUUCUGCAGGUGCUUUAUGCUGAUUCCCCAAACUCUCUGGAUUUUCUACGUCAUGUGAAAGUGUAAUCCCUGAGCCAGUGAUGGAAUACCAUCUCUUCUGUAUACUACCUUGAAUCCAGUUCACUGGUGAUCAGAGCACUGGCUACAUUUUGAAUAUCCUUAAAAUUAGGAAGAUUAAAAUGAGAUUCCGUUCUCCUUAAGACAGGGUUGAAAACUUGAUCCUUCAUUUGCCAGCUGAUUAGUUUGUAAUUUUCAAGUUACACAGCUGAAUUCCUGUUGCAUUUUCUUGGAGCACAGCAGUUAAAGCAAGAGGGGUGGAAAGGCAAAAAGGUGUCAUGCUUCAACAUGUUUCUGGGACAUAGUUAAGUUCAGAAUUGCCAUACUGUAUAAAACAAAACCUGAAGACAAAAAUCAAUACAAAGCCUUGCACAGCAAGGUACAAAUAAUUCUGUAAAUAGUGUACGUGUGUAACAUUUUGUAAAUUCAUUGCGAAGAAGAGGUGGGCAGCAGCAAUUUAAUCUGUUGCUCAUGAUGUAUAUCCUUAACUUGAAUCUAAUUAAACGGAAGCGGGGGAUAUGAUUUCAGUAUAUUGCGGUAUUUAUUUGGGGAUGAAGAAUACAUUUUAAAGAAUGAGAAGAGAAACAUAGAAAAAAAAUUGUCUGCAUUAUAAUACUGAUGUGAUCCUGUUAGACUUUCUUGUAUAAAUAAAAACUGAUUCAAUAAAUUG